GUAAAAUUAAAAAAACUCACCAGUAGCGAAUCUGUCAAGUCGUUGACUGAAGAUCAAGUUUACAACUCGUUCACAACCUUGACAUUUUUGUCAAGCUUUUUCAAUUUUUGUGAACAACAAUCUAGUGAACCGUGUACGUCUUUUGACAGAUGACCGCCGAAGACACGCACCAUAGUAAUUCCAUUUCAAGGAAAUUCGAAUUAUUGCUUCAUUCUGUUUAGUUAACAAAAUAAUAAUUAUCAAAGUACUUCAUGUAUCGAAUUGUUUCUUGUGAGCAAUAUGAAAACAGAAGAUUCGUUAUUGGUGAUCUGUUUAGUCCUUCACUAUAUCUGCUUCGCCCGAAGCAGUCUUCACAAAAACUUGAAAUAUUAUGAAACACUACACACCACUCAAUUCGAGCAUCGAGUUGUCAAAAGAGGGGUUCAACAUAGCCAUCAUCCUUUCAAUAAAAUAAAUGAAGUUGAAUUUUAUACUCAUGGACGAAAUUUUCGCUUGUUCCUUACUCCAAGGCGCGAAGUGAUGCAUUCUAAUUUCAAAGCAUAUGAGGUAAACGGGGAUGGCAAAGAAACAACUAUUCAUGUUGAUCAUGAGAAUUUUUAUCAUGGACGCGUAUUUGGAGAAGUGGAAUCAUAUGCUCAUGUACAUAUCGAUGACGGAUUAUUAACUGCAACAAUUACUUUACCCGAGGACACUUAUCACAUUGAACCUUCGUGGAGACACUUACCGCAUAUGGACAACCGUUCUAUGAUAGCUUACAAAGCUUCCAACGUGAAACUCAGCUGGGAGCAUUAUGAGGGAGGCGAAGGACAUACUCAUGGAGUCCCUAAAACCUGUGGCUAUGUCAAAGAGGAAAUAGAUAUUGAUGAUGAUGAGAAAGAGGGUGACAAUGGGAUGGAUGAAAUAGAUCCCAGCACCUUUCAAAGAACUAAAAGACAGACGGAGACUUAUGAAUAUACGCCAACUAAGACUCGAUGCCCACUUCUAUUAGUCGCAGACUACAGAUUUUAUCGGGAAAUGGGAGCUAGCAAUACAAAAACCACUAUAAACUACUUGAUCAGUCUCAUCGAUAGAGUACAUAAAAUAUACAACGAUACCCUUUGGCAAGAACGUCAAGAGCAGGAUGGUUUUAAAGGGAUGGGUUUUGUAAUUAAAAAAAUUGUUGUACAUAGUGAACCUACUCGAAUGCGAGGAGGAGAAACCCAUUAUAACAUGGUUCGUGAAAAGUGGGAUGUGAGAACUCUUCUUGAGGUUUUUAGUCGAGAAUAUAGCCAUAAAGAUUUCUGCCUAGCACAUUUAUUCACUGAUCUGAAAUUUGAUGGUGGUAUACUAGGCUUAGCAUAUGUUGGGUCUCCACGAAGAAACUCGGUCGGUGGAAUAUGUACACCAGAAUACUUUAAAAAUGGGUAUACAUUAUACUUGAACUCUGGGCUUAGUUCCAGUAGAAAUCAUUAUGGGCAAAGAGUAAUUACUCGUGAAGCUGAUUUGGUAACUGCUCAUGAGUUUGGGCACAACUGGGGUUCUGAACAUGAUCCAGAUAUAACAGAAUGCAGUCCUAGUGCGAGUCAAGGAGGAUCUUAUCUGAUGUACACAUACAGCGUUAGCGGAUAUGACGUGAAUAACAAGCGCUUCUCACCAUGCAGUUUACGUUCAAUAAGGAAAGUAUUGCAAGCAAAGUCCGGUCGAUGUUUCUCAGAGCCAGAGGAAUCAUUUUGUGGAAAUCUGCGAGUGGAGGGUGACGAAGAAUGUGACGCAGGUUUACUGGGUACUGAAGAUAAUGAUUCGUGUUGUGAUAAGAACUGCAAACUACGUCGCAAUCAAGGCGCUGUGUGCAGUGACAAGAAUUCUCCGUGUUGCCAAAACUGUGCUUUCAUGCCGGUAGCUGUAAAAUGUAGAGAUGCUCAAUAUGCUACCUGUGAGCAGGCGUCCCAAUGCACUGGAGCAUCUAGUGAGUGUCCUCGAUCACCUCCAAUGAAUGAUGGAACAGGAUGUUUGGAGCGAGGACAAUGCCGGAAUGGUAAAUGUGUCCCAUACUGUGAAACGCAGGGUUUGCAGAGUUGCAUGUGUGACACAAUUGCAGAUGCUUGUAAACGGUGCUGCAGAAUGAGUCUUAACGAAACUUGUUUCCCAGUCGACCCACAAGAUAUUUUGCCUGACGGGACACCAUGUAUUCAAGGUUUUUGUAAUAAGGGAGUUUGUGAGAAGACGAUCCAAGAUGUAGUUGAGCGAUUCUGGGAUAUUAUUGAAGAUAUAAAUAUUAAUAAAGUGAUGCGUUUCUUGAAGGACAACAUUGUUGGCGCGGUAAUAAUUUGUACAGCUAUAGUCUGGAUUCCCGCGAGCUGUGUUGUCAGCUACAUUGACAGACGUCGAAUAAAAGAAGCGGAGAAAAAGUGGCGAUGGCAGCACACAGAUGAACUUAUCCAUCCAGAAGACCAAAGGCGAAUAGUUCAUAUACAGGGUUCAUCGAGGCAAAGAGCACAGCCUUCGUGAAUCAAUAAUACUUUUGGGCAAGUUUUAUCAAAAUCCUUAGAAUAUUCAUUUCACAGUCUCCCAAAGUAAAACAUUUCCAAUCAUAUUACCACCGAAUUGAUCAGUGUUCAGUAAUUAUACUUUUCCUCAAUGUGUAAAUGUGGAAACGUUCCCACUGGUUAUGUUUUUAAUAGUGGCACCUCAAGCUUUAAGUUACCAUUGUACUUAUUCAAUAAACCUGUUUCCAUUUAGAUGGAUACUUUUUGGCGAACAGUAUUAUCAGAGUAUUUAUGUAUAGAGCAAUCACAAAAUGUACAUAUAAUUAUAUUUAUUCUGCGCAAUUUUUAGUGUAUUUGUAUGUCAACUUUUGUUAUUAAGUGUUGAAUGUACCAGGUAGUUACCGCAUAUUAUUACGUAAGUGAGUAUUUUGAUGAUAACACAUAAUAUUUGAUACAUAUGUAUGAUUCCUGAUUUGAAAAAAUCAUGACAAAUCGAGCUCGAUAAUUCGAUUCCAUUGUUUAAGCACAUAUUAACAUGUUUUUACUGUAUGGGUGCGAGUUCAUAAUAAACAGGAAGCGAAUA